CAUUCCAAACCAACAGCAGGUUGUGUGUGUGUGCUUGUGUGCGCGGAGUUCAUAAACAUCCAUGGUGCGCGCUCUGUGACAAGUAAUGCGGAACUUAUGCCUCCUCGUUGACAUGUCUAUGUUGUGGCUUCCUUACUGAAACUACACUUCUUAAAACAGCUUCACACAUCGAGCCAGUGGAGCGUUGUGGGGGCUGACAGUAGGCCUACAGUAAUGUAUGUGCUGCGAGGCAGGAGACUGUGGGGAUGAAUGUAACUGAACGUAGACAUCAAAUUAGAAUGUCAUUUUAACUAUGAAUGCAUUAACGUUGCAGCCUUUUUGUUGGUCAGUGUUGAUAUGAAGUGGGCGUGAAUGUUUUUCUCGUUUUAUUUUUUUUCGCUUCGUGAGUGCUUUUUACUUCCCGCGUGAGGCUAAACAAGCUUAAUAAACAUGAAGUUUAAUGGUUAUCUGAAGCUCCGGAUCGGCGAGGCGGUGGACCUGAAACCGACAACCUUCUCCCUCCGCCACUCUGUCAUCUUCAACAAAGCUUCUCCAGCCCUGGACCCGUACAUGGUGGUGAAGGUGGACGACUUCAAAAUUGGACAAACUCUCACCAAACAGAAAACCAACACGCCGACGUUCAACGAGGAGUUCUGCCUCAACGUGAACGAUGGGAAACAAAUCGAGAUGGCAGUUUUCCACGACACUCCAAUCGGAUAUGAUGACUUUGUGGCCAACUGCAUCAUUCAGUUUGAGGACCUCAUCAAAACCUCCAACACAGAAGAGACUUUCGAGGGAUGGAUGGACUUGGAGCCAGAGGGCAAGGUUUACAUUCAUAUUACGCUCACUGGAUCCUUCACUGAUGAUGAGGCCAUAGUGAAAGAAAAGACCUUUAAGCAGUUUACAAGGAAGCGACAGGGGGCCGUGAGACGGAGGAUCCACCAGGUCAACGGACACAAGUUCAUGUCUACUUUUCUCCGUCAACCCACCUUCUGUUUCCACUGCAGAGAGUUCAUCUGGGGUGUUUUUGGAAAGCAGGGGUACCAGUGCCAAGUGUGUACCUGUGUGGUUCACAAACGAUGCCACCAGCACGUCGUCACUGUGUGUCCACGCAUGAAGAAGACAGAAAAAGAACAGCCCACAAACCAAGGCUUCAGCAUCAACGUCCCUCACAAGUUCAACAUCCACAACUACAAGUCGCCCACCUUCUGUGACCACUGUGGCUCACUGCUGUGGGGAAUAGUCAGGCAGGGGCUGCACUGCAAAAUCUGUAAAAUGAACGUUCAUAUCAGGUGCAGAGGCAACGUCGCUCCCAACUGUGGGGUCAACAGUGUGGAACUGGCCAAUAAGCUUGCAGAGAUGGGUCUGCAGGCUGGAGGACUCUCUAAACGCAACUCAGUGGCCAAAGGUACAGGUCAGAUGAGGGCGCCCACUGAAAGGAGGGAGAGUACGGACACUCAGCAGCAGACCCCUCGACUGGGCAUCUCAGACUUCACGUUCCUUCAAGUCCUUGGCAAGGGCAGUUUUGGCAAGGUGAUGCUGGCGAGACUUAAUGGCAAAGAUCGGGUUUUCGCAGUCAAGGUGUUGAAGAAGGACAUCAUUUUGCAGGACGAUGAUGUUGAGUGUACCAUGACUGAAAAGAGGGUGCUGUCACUGGCCGGCUGUCACCCCUACCUCACACAGUUGUUCUGCUGCUUCCAGACGCCGGACCGUCUCUUCUUUGUGAUGGAGUUUGUGAAUGGUGGCGAUCUUAUGUUCCACAUUCAGAAAUCCAGGAAGUUUGAAGAGCCGAGAGCACGUUUCUACACAGCAGAGAUCACCUCCGCUCUCAUGUUCCUGCAUAGCAAAGGCAUCAUCUACAGGGAUCUAAAAUUGGACAAUGUUCUUCUUGACAAAGACGGUCACUGUAAACUGGCGGACUUUGGCAUGUGCAAAGAGGGCAUAUUUGAAGGCGUGGCCACAGGAACUUUCUGUGGGACCCCGGAUUACAUUGCCCCUGAGAUCCUGCAGGAGAUGCUUUAUGGGCCCUCUGUUGAUUGGUGGGCUCUCGGGGUGCUACUGUAUGAGAUGCUGUCAGGACACGCUCCCUUUGAGGCUGAAAAUGAAGAUGACCUCUUUGAAUCCAUUCUCAAUGAAGAAAUUGUCUAUGCGUCUUGGCUCAGCGCAGAGGCAGUGAAUAUACUCAAAGCUUUCUUGACCAAAAACCCGGCCCGGCGUCUGGGCUGUGUGGCCUCAGAGGGUGGCGACAGCGCUGUGACCAGCCACAACUUCUUCACUGGCAUAGAUUGGGAGAAGCUGAAUCGUAGAGAAAUGGAGCCACCCUUCAAGCCCAGGAUCAAAACACCAGAAGACGUCAACAACUUUGACCCAGAUUUUACUCAAGAAGAGCCCACCCUCACGCCCAAUGAUGACCCUCUGAUCCCUUCCAUCAACCAGGAGGAGUUUCGUAACUUCUCCUUCACCUCCCCUGAACUGCAGGAGAGCUAAGGGCCUCCUCAUUGAUCUGUCAUUCAUGCACUUUCACUCUUCUCAGUGUCUGUGUCUUUUUCUCAGACAGCUCCCAGUGGUACGUGCAGUAUGAUGCUGUCACAUUCCCCAGAGACAUGAGGGUGCAAAGUGCCGAGGAAUCAGCCAUACACAUGCUCGGCAAGAACCGGGGCUGCACCGGAUGAACUCUUAAGCACUCCUGUAAUUCCCGAAAAAGUGGCAUGUGAUCAUCUUUUGAAUGACAUUUAGUUUUGACUAUGUUACAGCUCGGUUGGGAGACAUUCAUGCAAGUGUCUGUGUGGAAAUGCUGUACUUGACAAGUUGGUGUGUUGUAAACUUGUUUGACAAAGUAGUUUGUACAACCUCAGAAUUUUAUUAUACAUUUUGCUCUAGAUGAGUUCGCUUCCAAUUACUUUAAAUGAAAAAAGCACUUUUUGGAGCAUAA